AGUGAAGCAACCUGUGGUCUCAAACAUGAUGAAAGGCCUAUAUUUCCAGUUCACGGUCGGAGUGGUACCUAUGUACACGAUCAUCUUCGCCGGAUAUUGGGCGUACAGAGUAAACACAACAGAGUACUUGCUCAACAACGUCAAAGGUCCAAUCUGGAUCAUGGCCGUCGCCAACAUUUCAACUUUCUUGCUAACCGUCAUCGCCUUGCAUGUAACCAGACGACCUUGUACAACAUACGUAUUUCAAUUUCCUUACAAUACUUGCGCACUCACUCUCUUCUUCCUGCCUUGGAUCUUCGCCAGCCCAAUGUACGAGUAUCUGGACACAAGCUAUGGCAUCAAAGGAAGCCCCCUUGCCAUUCGCAACGUGAUGUUUAGAACAGGAGUGCGCGGAGGGUACGUUGUCUUAACCUCGUUAGUUUCAGCAAUGCUCCCGUGUUUGGGAGACUUCAUGAGCUUGACGGGGGCACUUAGCACGUACCCCCUCACGUUCAUUUUGGCACACCACAUGUAUUUGGUGGCCAGGAGGAACAAAUUAAGCUUGACGCAGAAGUCUUGGCAUUGGCUUAAUGUUGUCUUCUUUGGCUGCCUUGCUACUGCUGCUGCAGUUUCGGCACUCAGACUCAUUUUCAUCGUUUCUAACACCUAUCAUCUUUUCGCUCAUGUAUGAAAUUUUCACAUCCUUCCAAAACCAAAGGCUAAAUUACACAAAAUCUGCUUGUGAUUUUACAAAAUUGAGCAAAAUUCUUGUAUUUUUAAAAUUGCAUCA